AUGGUGAAGUAUUCUCACAAAGCAAGAGAAUUAGAAGAAACUCGUAGCAACGAGUUAGACGUGAAGAUGAUAGAAUUGCAGGAGACGAAGGAAGAACUCAAGAGAGCAAAAGAGAGCACGACGCAGUCAUGGUUAGACUCCAAGCCUCUCAUUGACGAGCUGGAGAAAUUUCAGUCAAGCCUUGCGAGUGCAAAAAGCAAAUGUUCCAUAUCUAAUAUUGUCAUCUCAGAGCUUCAAUCUCAGCUUGAAACCACAAUCAUGUCCAUCAGAUCCAAAAAAGAGGAAGAAUUCAAGGUCAGAACAACGAUCAAUGAAAUAAAUCAGUCUUUGGAUCAAACACGUGAAGAGAUGGAACAACUCAAACUGCACACGGAUGAAGAACGGCGAGCAAGAUCAAAACUAAAACAAGCACUUCGGCUGAGGAGGCAGACACUUCGGACAUUGCAACUCUCUCUAAGAGCAGUUCGGUUAGAAUCAGAAGGUCUUGGUGCAUCUGCAGCAGAAGCACUUCACUACAUCAAUUGUUCGGAGAUGGACAACACCACAGUCCAACUCACACAGGAAGAAUAUUAUGCAUUAACAAGAAAGGCUAAAGAGGAGACUUCGCUUGCAGAUUGGCGAGUUCAAGUGUCCAUGGAACAACAACUCAUGGCCAAGGAAAGCCGAGACUCAACUUUAAGAAGAUUGAAAGAAGUACACUCUGACAAGAAAUCAAGGAAAAGGAAUAUGAAUGACAAAACAACUCGAGAUGGAAAUGGCACAAGAGAGGCAGAACAAAAAGAUUCAAGGAUGACGAUGGGAGCCCCAGUGAACAAUAGAGAGACUGCUUUCCCUAAAGCUCGAGCCAAGUUAAUUGGUGAGUCCAGCCAAGGGAAUACUCGACAGCAGUUGAAAAUAUCAAGAAGCAAUAACAACAAAAUAAUGGAAAAAAAGAAGGCUUCCAUUUUUGUAAGAAUCAAAUCUUUUCUUGUACGAAACAUUACUAGAUUGUUUGGAUGA